AUGUCGGAUGAACCCGCGGAUGUGGACCGCGACAUGGACGAUGAAAUGGACGAUGACAUUUGGGAUUCUAUAAAGCGGUCUCUCGGGAACCACGGCGAAAGUAAGAGACAAUAUGACGAAUUUCGAAACGCUUUAAAGGAAGGAGGAGAAAGUGCUCUUCGGGCACGUGAAACCAUUUUCACAGAAAUGCGUGCUCUCGAUGUAGAAUUGGGAAGAAAUUUUCGGAACCAAUUGCGAGGGACGAUGUUUAAAGGAAUGGAAUAUGGAUUGCCACCAAAAAUGAUUUCCUAUUUAAGUGAUGUUUCAUUGGAGGAGCUGAUAGAAUUCAUUUGCACACGGAAUGAGGAAGAUUGGAUUAAUAGAGUGCUUACUAAUUUGAAAUGGGAACUCACAAAUUCCAGACAGAACAUCGAAGAUACAAAUAACUACAUCCGUUCACAUCACCAAUGGAAUAUAACUAACUGGCACGUUUGCUACGAGAAUAUUCUGAAAGACGUGCUCUACCUCUAUGCAAAACACGGAAAAAUGUUUGUCCAUGCUCUCGCUCAAUUCAUCACAAAAAUUGGUAUCAUAUUCUAUUACGAGGAUCCCCAUGCUGGAGGACCAUUUGCUGAAGGAUUUCGUGCCAGACAGGAUAUUCUUUGGGAUUAUGAUGUGUGUUCACGAGAUGAAGAAAACAUCCCAUACAAUUUUGAAGAUUUAUUUUAUCACUGUUUGAUAUGCAUCUUGAAAUACCAAGUUUCAAAGGACUGUGAUUACGCAUUACGCGUUCUCGCCCCAUGGCUGGUAGGCACAAAGGAAGCUCUUGACAACUUGGAUAUCUUCUUCUUCUACGAUCAGGAGCGUAUGCGGAAGCAGCAACAGCUGCGAUUGGCGAAGUACAAAAUCGAAAAGAUACAUGGUCUUUUCGUUCUCAAAAAGUUUGCUCCGGAGGAUGAGAAAAGUAAAAUGGUAUUGGAUGGUGUGAAGAGCGACAAUCCAAAGGAAAGGGCUAAGAAACGAAAAUUGGUGAUCGACAUGAUAAAAUCCAAGAAGCAAGUCGUGGAUAGCACAACCAACGAAGUCGCAAGUUCAUUCCACCGUUCCACUCCUUUCCCAAGCAAAGGAGGGUUUUCUCAAUAUCAAAUGCGCGACCAGAAUACCAACCGGAAUACCAGGCGCAACGAUUCUCUCUCCCACAUCGAAGUAAUGUCGGACCAACCCGAGGACGUGGAAAGCAACAAUGAGGAUGACGUUCCACGAGUCCUCUCGAAUGAAGUCGCGCAACAAUACAGGGAUUAUGGAAACCGUUUAAAUCAAGGACCGUCACCCGCGUUUUGCAGAGCGAUGUUCUCGAGGAUACGGGAAAAGACUUACAGAGACAUGCGUCAAUGGGAUGUCAACGAUUAUCAUGAAUGUUUCGAGGAUAUUCUAAAAGACGUCUUCUAUCUGUCUGCAAAGCACGGAGAAAUGUUCGUUCGCGCUCUGACUCAAUUCAUCAAACAACUUUGCACGGUUUUCUGUAACUCCUAUUCAUUCGCUGAAGAAAGCCUUGCCAGAAAGACUAGUCCGAACAAGCAUUGCUGUGACACACAGGACAAAGAAAAAUCAUACAAUGCUGAACAAUUGUUUUUUCACUGUCUCAACUGCAUUUUGGAAUAUCAAACGCAAGAGUACUGUGCUUACGCCUUACGUGUUCUUGCGCCAUGGCUGGAUGGUGCAAAAAAGGCGCUAGAUAAAUCAAACGCUGAUUUAAAUCCUUACGAUUGGAAGCAUAUGAGAAAUCAGCAGAAACUCAGUAUGGCUGGAAGCAAGAUCGAGAAGAAUGAGAAUGGACUUUUCGUUCUCAAGAAGUAUGUUGCGGAGGAUGAGAGAGUUUUAAUGCAGAUGGAUGGUGUGAAGAGUGAAACUUCAAAGGAAAGGUCAAAAAAGCGAAGACUGGUUGUCGACCUGACAAAAUCCAGUGAAUUUUUUUCUGAGGGAAAUUUAUGCAUAUACUUGAUUUUGCAGAGAAGCAAGUCGGGGUCAGCACAACCAAUGAAGCCGCAAGCUCACUCCAUCGGUCCACUCCUUUUCCAAACAAAGGAGGAUUCACGUAUUAUUCAGAAUAAAACAAUGUCCGACCCACCAGAGAAUGUGGAAAACAACAAUGAGAAAAAUCUAUUAUCACGUUUUAUUCUGAACAAACAAUGUGAGGAUUAUGGAUUAUUUCAAAUGAACCAAGAGGAUCGGGAAAAAAUUUUUAAUGAUAUGCGUGCACUCGAUGUGGAAUUGGGAAGAAAAUAUCGGAACGUGUUGCGAGCGGAGAUUUCGAGAAUGAUAGAAACAAAGGAUAUGCCACCAAAAUUGAUUUAUUAUUUAAAUGAUGUUCCCGUGGAGGAGCUGAUCCGAUUUAUUCGCAUACAGAAGCAGGACCAGUGGGUUAGAAGAGUACUUUAUGAGUUGUCAGGUAGCUGUUUAUGGGUCAGAACGUACCUUCGCUCUCGAAAUGACUCCAUCCGUUCAUAUCAGCAAUGGGAUAUCACUAACUGGCACUAUUGCUACAAGAAUAUUCUAAGAGACGUUUUAUAUCUGUAUGCAAAACACGGAGAAAUUUUCGUUCGCGCGAUGAAACAAUUUAUCAAACCACUUUAUUUUGUUUUAAAUGACAAUAGGCCUAAAUACAAUGAGAUGAUUACUGAAGAAGAUAUGGCCGUAAGAGAGAGUUUCGAUUACUGGGAUCAACGGGACGAAGAACAGAAUCCAUACGAUUUUGAAGAAUUGUUCUCUCACUGUCUCGACUGCGUUCUUGGAUAUGAAACUUCAAAAUACUGCGGUUACUUUUUACAAGUUGUCGCCCCAUGGAUCGCUGGUGCAAAAACAGCUCUCGAUAACUCUCGAGCAGACUUUUAUUUCUACGAUCGUAAGCGUAUGAGGAUGCAACAAGAGCAGCGAUUAUUAAAAUUCAAAAUCGAAGAGAAGGAUGGCUUUUUCCGUCUCAAACGGUUCAUUUCGGAGGAUGAGAGAGUUUUUAUGGAGCUUUGUGGUUUGAAGAGUGAUGAUGAGAAGGAUCAGAGAAAUAAAUGUGAAAUGGAACCCGAUGUGAAAAACUCCAAACAGCAAGUCGUGGCUAGCACAACCAACGAAGUCGCAAGUUCAUUCCACUGCUUUACUCCCUUUCCAAGCAAAGGCGGAUUCUCUCAUUAUCUAGUUCGCAUCCAGAAUACAACCAUAAAGCAAUAG